AUGAUCAAUUAUUAAAACUAUGCUCAAUACAACAAUACUUAAAAUAAUUAAAACAAUACUUAGAAUUUGAAUCCUUAACCAUAAUAAAAUGGGUACCAAUUUUCAAAUCAGAACAUUCAUAAUUAAAAUAUGUAUUAAUAAAAUAUGGUUCAACCAGCAAAUUAUCCUAAAUUAAAUUUUGAAAAAGAAUCCUUUUCUGAAGAUUAACCAGAUCAUAUUAUACAUCAUGAUUAUUUAUAAUAAUAAUAAGUAACUUAAUAAUAAGAACCUUAUCAAUAAUAUAAUAAUAAUGAUAAUUAAACAUAAUAUAUUUAUGUAAAUCAAUAAAUAGCCACUCCCUUUAUUUAACCAGAAAAUGAAAAUAAUUAAGAUAUUAUGACUGAACAUUUAAGAAGAAACUUAAUAUAUAAAAUAAAUUUCUUUUGGAUAAUCUAAUAAACCGUAUAAAUUAUUUUAUGUAUAAUCAAUAUGGCAAGUUAUUCAUAUGAUAAUUUGUUUUUUGAUUACUCUCUUGUGUAAUAUAGGAUAACAAUUUAUAUUUUUCUUUUUUUAUCUUUUGGAUAUAUGUUAGUUAUUAGAUUCAUAAAACCCUUAUGGAGAGUAAUUUAUAUUUUAUAAAUAUUAGAUUAGGGGAUAUCAAUCAAUUAUUUAUAUUAUUUACACAAUUUUAUAUUCAUUUUUCAUUAGUGGAAUAGUUUCAUCAAGUCACUUAAGUUUUUAUAAAAAUAAAAUGUACUUUUUAAUUGGAUUUCUUUACUUUAUUGGAACUAUCGGAAUAUUAAUUAUGCUUAUUUAGUUUUAAUUUUAAAUAAAACAUUUUAAAGAAGAGGAUAUGAAAUUAAAAGGUUCUUUAUAUCUAUAAAUUUAGAAUUCAUUAAGGGAGUUAUACUUGGCCCAAUUGGAAUUCUAUUUCUGAUUACAGCCAUAUUUGGUGUUGAUGCAGUUUCAAUGGUACUAUGUUAUGAACUUAUUUGGUCCUACAUUUUCACUUUAUUUUAUAUAAAUAGUUUACUAUAAAUCUAUAGAGGAAAAGUAUAAAAAUAUACUAUUAUUAAACUAGUUCAAAUUGAAAAGAGACUAGCAUUUUGUUGGUGUUAUUCUAGUAUAUAUAAAUAUGUUUAUUCCUUGUAUUCCAUGA